AUGUCAGCGCCGAAUGGUGAGGGUGGCAUCCCCAUGCCCAUGCCCGGUCAGCGUCCAACGCCGGAGCAGAUUGCUGAGAUUCAGCGAAGGGUUGCCGAGGAUGCUGAAAAGGCGGGUAUGACUGUUCCGGAGUUCAUUGAACACAUUAAGAAGCAGGCGAUGGAGCAGCAACGAAUGCGCAUGAUGCAGCAACAGGCUGGAGGCGAGCAUGUGCACGGAGAACACUGCAACCAUGAUCACGACCAUGACCACGACCACGACCACGACCACGAUCACCAUGGCCAUAGCCAUGGCCAGCCCCAGCCCAUUGUCCCUGGUCCUCCCAAUCCCAAGGCUCUGGCACUGGCAAACUUUCUUAAGGGCCAGGAUCUCAAACCCCGUACCAGUAUCCUAAACGGAGAGCGAAAGGAUAUGUUCAGAGUCAAGCGUGCCCUGCGUGCCCUGCAAACCCCAGCGUAUGAAAAAGCCCGCAAGAAGAACCCUCUUCUCCCCGAGAUCACAGACCGAGCGUCCCUCGAAAACGCUUUCAAGCUGCUGCCGCUGAGCAUGCUGGCUCUGAGAGUCAGCAAGAUUGAACCUGAAGAGGGUCCGAACGGCAAGAAACCCAAGCGAACAAAGGGCCAAUGGAACGUUCGCAUCGAGCAGCAGCAGGACGCUGGCGAUGACAUGUACUAUGUGUGGCUCUGGGAAGGCAGCCAAGUCAAGCGCCAGCUGUACGCUGCUCUCGCUCUAGUUUUGAUCUUCAUCAUCGUUCUGUAUCCCCUCUGGCCACUGAAGCUGCGACAAGGUGUCUACUACCUUAGUUGGGGUCUUCUGGGUCUUCUUGGACUGUUCUUCGCCAUGGCCAUCUUCCGUGUCAUUCUCUUCUGCAUCACAUAUUUCGCUGUGCCUCCUGGUCUCUGGCUGUAUCCCAACCUAUGGGAGGAUGUUUCGUUCAUGGACAGUUUCCGACCUGUGUGGGCUUGGCAUGAGUCUGCCGCCGACAAGAAGAAGAAGAAGAAGGCAAAGUCUGCAGCUCGCGCUUCGGCUGCCGGUCCCAACAGUGCUUUUGCUGCCUCGACUGGCCAGGUUGCGCCCACAACUGCCACCACCACCGGCACAGAUACCCAGAUCAACGUUGGCAGCGCCCAGCAACGGCACUAUGAAGCCCCCAGAGUGGACGAACUUGCAGACGACGAGUAA